CAACGCGUUUUCGUCAUCAAUUACUGAAUGAGCUUUCGAUCUAUUUUUGUGUUACGAUAAAAUUGUAUCAGUUAUAUUAUUUGAAAUCUAAUUAUCGAGCAAUUAUGGUGAAAGCAAGCAAGCAAACAAUGGCUCUCGCUUCAAGAUACAGCCCUUUAGCUUCACCAAACAUACGCAGAUCAGAGAUAAGACGACCAGUAUCUUCAGAAGCGGUUUACAUCAAAAGCGACGGUGCUAAAACCACAGACACACCACCGGCAUUGAGAACGAUACGGGCAGAGUUUUGUAAGAAAUAUAAGUCAAAACUAGAGGAAAACCGAAAAGAACAACAAGUUGAAGAACCUACAUCAGAGGCAAAGGAACUAAGAACUUUGUACCAAAAACUUCGAGGUGUGAUCCCCUCAUUGUCGGAACAACAGACGAAACCUGUGACAAGUCUCGACGUUGUAUUAAGCGCCAUCGACUAUAUUCGUGAUCUACAUUCCAUGCUUGGUGAAAAGUCCCCACCACCUCCCGGUCUUUUUCCAGUGACGUCAACGCCACUUUUUAUGAAAACGUCCGGAAGAACACCUUUGACUCAACUAGAAAACAAAAGGCCGGAAUUCAGUAAGCAUAACGAUUCAGAAUUGUCUGAAGAAGAUCUCCCAUCAAAUUGAGAUUCUUGCAUAAAAAUGAUCGAGCAAACGCGUUUAGCCAAGAAGAAAAGAGACGGAUUGGUGAACACCGAAACAACAAACGAGCAACCACGAGGAGAGAUACCCUCAAAUCCCGCAACAUUCCAAUUAACUGCCGAACUGCUAUUUGACGACGAAGAAUUGCCAAGUAACAAAACCGGACCAAAUAUUGAACAUGUAUAAACAAUGCUAUGUUGUAGCAGACCAAACAUUAUGCAUCCGUAAUUUCCGAAUUGCAGUUUUAUUUUACUCUUUAUUUUUUAUAUUUUGAUUUUAUAUUGGCAAACCAACCGUGGCCUUACCCCGUGCUUUGAUGUUAACAUCAUGCCGGGGCUUGCGUUUUGUCAUUUAAUUUGUAAUUUCUUUUUUUAACACUAUCCUGUGAUAUUUUUGCAGUUAUACCUUCACGUGCUUUUGUCUUCCUUUAUUGAUCUUUGUGUCUUCCUUAUAUCCUAUUUCUAUUUAUGAUUUUUACCUUGAAAUUUGGCUCGCCUUGUUAAACAACUACGCAAUAAAAUAUAGACAAAACAGAAA